AUGUCCCCCUCGAUCAAGUUUGGGGCACUGGCUACGGCCGUCCUGGCCGCAACGACGGCCGCGCACAACUACAUGAUGGAUCCGCUGCCGACGUGGCCGAAAGACUUUUACACGCCAAUGAACCCCUGUGCUUUUAUCGACCCCACGAAGUAUUUGCCGACGCCGCCCGGCAUGUCGUACACGACAGAUCCAGCGUCCAACGCGAAGGCGUUCUGGACCGCGUUCAACGCCAGCUCGUUCAAGUCGGUGAAAGAGCUCAUUUGGAAAGGGCAGAAGCCCGAGCCCAAGGCGUCCAAGGAGUGCGGCUUCUCCCUCGUAGAUGGCGCCCCGCAAGACCUGCCGGAGAAGAUCAAGUGGGACUUCUUCACCUUGUCGCACGAGGGUCCGUUCGAAGUCUACUGCGACGACACGCUCGUGUUCAAGGACUGGAACGCGGCCAUUGACUUUCCUGAGACGCCUGCGUACACGCCAUACGACAAGGCCAAGUGCAAGGGCGCCAAGAUGCUGACGUCCUACUGGCUCGCCCUGCACACGGUUCCGUGGCAGGUGUACACCAACUGCGCGCCCCUCACGGGCAAAGUUGGAGCGUCCAACUCGACCGAUUCCACGGGCGGCUCCGACGAAGACACGUCCCAGUCGACGCCUUCGACGCCUGCUCCAGCGCCUGCUUCAACGCCGGCACCUGCCACGCCGGCACCUGCCACGCCGGCACCUGCUACGCCGACAGUCGACGAAUCUUCGUCUUCUGCUGCUCAAGAUGCGGCGGCAUCGCAAGACGGUGACGAGGACGACGCAGGGGACGAGGAGAACGAAGACACGGUGGAUCAGGAGGAGGUCGGCUCCGAUGCUGGCGCUGCAAAGGUCAAGCCGUACAAAGAGGAGGUCAAAGAGGAGGUCAAAGAGGAGGUCAAGGAGGAGGUCAAAGAGGAGGUCGAAGAAGAGGUCGAAGAAGACUCGCCGACGCCUGCGCCAGCGGCCGAGAAGUGUACGGUCCGUCGUCGUCGUCGUAACUAG